UUGCACUAUGCGAUCGAUGGGAACGAGGGUUUCAGUUCCAAACUCUCGUUUGCAUCGAUCGUUAUCGAGACUACGAGGUGUACGCAAGCUCGGGCUGAACUCGCUUUGUAUGAUAACGACAACGAUCUCGCCGCUGCUAUUGAUUAUAUUUUGGAGCAUGGAUCAGAGAUAGAAUCAUGGACCGAACAGAAAAGCAAGAAGGACAAGAAGAAGGAAGAGGAAGAGAAGCGACCCGCUCGUGGCCAACCGUCUACACGCGGACGUGGUAGUUUCCCCAACUCGUCAACAGCAGUUCACUUCUCACUCCCUUACAUCGGCUCCUGGUUAGUUACCUUUGUUUGUUCUAAAUACUUCACAAUACCCAGACUUGGUGCAGUGGCAGAUGUUGAUCGUUUUACAGCUGGCGUAGAAUUUGUCACGGCAACAAUUCCUCCUGGACUUUCCGAUUAUCACUUUGGAUUUGUGGACGGACCACAAAACACCGAAAUAAAUGCAUCGGCCGCUUCAGUGGCUAAUGCGAAUUCUGAUGAUGAACGUCAAUUAAACGGUGAUUUCUCGUUGAAGGCGUCUCCACCGAUAUCACAUUCCUAUGGGCAACAACAACAGCACAACACGAGGUCUUUGUCGUAUGCAGAUCCGUCUUCAGUGUCGUACGCACCAACAACGCAACCAGAUCGUGGAGUUGGAUCCGGAAACAAACCGCCUGCACAAAUUCACCACCCACCACAGCAAUCGGCAGCCCACCAAGCACCCCAGCAGAUGUUCCCUACUCAGAUGCCGUACGGUUCAUAUCCUUACAUGAACAUGAAUAUGUAUAGUCCGGUGACAGGUGUUCGAGCUGAGGAUCAAUAUGCUGCUCUCUAUGCUGCUAGUAUGCCGUUUGGGAUGGGUGUGGACUUGUCGGCUAUCCUACCGCCAACGACUCCUAUGUCUCAAGCUGGGGCUAAUCAACAGCAUCCUGGAUCUACGCAACAUCGAUCGGAUACGCACAAUCUUGUUGAUAUGAAUAAGUUCGCAUCGGGAAAUACGAGAGAUGGCAGCGGUCAGCAGCCAUCUAACGUAGCUCCGCCGCCUGGUUUCGCUAAUCCAUCAUUUAUGCCGCAGCCAGGUUUAUCGUCUUUAUUCCUUCAACAACAGUUUCCACCCCAUCCGUAUUCGUUUAUGAUGCCAAAUGUGGGAUCAGGACGUCAAAUGUAUCCCCAAGAAGACGAUCGCAAGUCAUACGAUAAGAUGGGAGGAGCGAAACAGGCCCAAGCGACUCCCCCUCAACAUUAUCACAAUGGCGGAUAUCUCAACAGCGGCCUCAACAAGAAGCCCUAUAAUUGGAACUCUUAA